GGUGUCAAUGUCAUGGCAGUCAACGCGGGAGAGUACGCUGGUUCGUUUAUUUCAUAACCUCUAAAUUUUAAUUCAAUCAAUCAGAGCGAUGGAAAUUUAAUUCUGUGAUAUUCUUGCAUGUUCACUUUAAAAUAAACUAACGAUAAUAAUGACGAUAAUAGAUUUAAUGCGGGUAGUGAAUGCCUUCAAAUAUGUUGGCAAAACAAACGUACUACAAGUAAAGGCAUACUCCUCACAUGUCAAAUAUGCAGAACACAAGCCUUUGGAAAAGAUCAGGAACAUUGGUAUAUCUGCCCAUAUUGAUUCUGGCAAAACUACAUUGACAGAGAGGAUAUUAUUCUACACUGGUCGGAUAGACCAAAUGCAUGAGGUUAAAGGCAAAGACAAUGUGGGUGCAGUAAUGGACUCAAUGGAGCUUGAGAGACAGAGAGGCAUAACAAUCCAAUCUGCAGCUACUUACACAAUCUGGAAAGACCAUAACAUCAAUAUCAUAGAUACACCCGGACAUGUUGACUUUACCGUUGAAGUGGAGAGAGCUUUGAGGGUCCUAGAUGGCGCUGUGUUGGUAUUAUGCGCUGUGGGUGGUGUCCAAAGUCAGACAUUGACUGUGAAUAGACAAAUGAAAAGAUACAAUGUUCCGUGUUUGGCAUUUAUUAAUAAAUUAGAUAGAUUGGGAGCUAAUCCACUUAGAGUUUUAAAACAAAUGCGAUCCAAGCUAAAUCACAAUGCUGCCUUCCUUCAUCUGCCAAUGGGACUAGAGAAAGAGUGCCAAGGGAUUUUGGACCUUGUGGAAGAGAAGGCUAUGUACUUUGAAGGUGAUUAUGGCGAGAAGGUACGUUUGGACGAAGUACCGAAAGACAGAAGGGCAGAAGUCCAAGAGAGAAGACAUGAAUUGAUUGAGCAUUUGUCUAAUGUUGAUGAAUCAUUAGGUGAACUGUUCCUAGAAGAGAAAACACCAACAGUAUCGGACAUAAAGCAAGCAAUCCGGCGUACCACACUCAACCGUUCCUUUACUCCAGUGCUUUUAGGUACAGCUCUAAAGAACAAGGGGGUCCAGCCCCUAUUAGACGCUGUUCUUGACUACCUUCCACAUCCAGGCGAAGUCGAAAAUACAGCAAUCAUAAACGAGGAUUCUGACGCCCAAAACAUACAGUUGGAUCCGGCGAGGGAUGGAAGGAAACCGUUCGUAGGGUUGGCAUUCAAGUUGGAACUAAGCAAGUUCGGCCAAUUGACCUAUCUGAGAUGCUACCAGGGUGUGUUGAAGAGGGGAGACAAUAUCUACAACGCCAGGACUGGUAGGAAGGUAAAAAUCUCCCGUCUAGUGCGAAUGCACUCAAACAAUAUGGAGGAAGUGUCUGAAGUGCUAGCCGGCGAUAUUUUCGCGUUGUUCGGUGUGGACUGCGCGUCCGGAGACACGUUUGUUAACGAUAAUAAACUCAACUUGUCAAUGGAAUCGAUACAUGUCCCAGACCCCGUCGUCUCGAUGUCUAUCAAGCCGAAGAAUAAUAAGGAUAGAGAUAAUUUCUCUAAAGCUGUUGCGAGAUUCACCAAAGAAGAUCCGACAUUCCAAUUCCGUUACGAUAGCGACAAUAAAGAAACCAUUGUGUCCGGUAUGGGGGAACUGCAUUUAGAAAUCUACGCCCAGAGAAUGGAGCGGGAGUACAACUGUCCUGUUGAAUUGGGAAAACCUAAGGUCGCUUUCAGAGAGACAAUGAUAUCUCCGUGCGCGUUCGACUACCUCCACAAGAAACAGUCGGGCGGCGCCGGCCAGUACGCGCGGGUCUCGGGCGUCAUGGAGCCGCUGCCUCCGCAUCUCAACACCAGCUUAGAAUUCGUCGACGAGACAGUGGGUACGAAUGUCCCGAAACAAUUCGUGCCGGGGGUCGAGAGGGGCUUCGUUGACACCUGCCAGAAGGGCUAUCUCUCCGGACACAAGAUCUCCGGCGUCAAGUUUAGACUGCAAGAUGGCGCCCAUCACAUCGUGGACUCGAGCGAGUUGGCUUUCUUCUUGGCCGCGAAGGGGGCCGUCAAAGACGUUUUCGACACGGGCGCCUGGCAAAUCCUAGAACCGAUCAUGUACGUGGAAGUCACGUUACCUGAAGAGUUCCACGGCACAGUACUAGGGCAGCUGAACAAGCGCGGAGGUAUCGUCACCGGUACCGAAGGAGCUGAAGGCUGGACUACGUUAUAUGCUGAAGUACCGCUCAAUAAUAUGUUUGGUUACGCUGGUGAACUUAGGUCAAUGACCCAAGGCAAAGGCGAAUUUAGCAUGGAAUACAGUCGCUACUCACCAUGCCUUCCAGACGUACAAGAACAGCUCAUCAGGAACUACCAGCAAGAAAUGGGAAUAUUACCCGACCAAAAGAAAAAGAAGAAUUGACCGCCUCUAUUUUUAGAAUAAAUUUAUUUUAUUUAUUUAAGUGUAAUUAUAAUUGUUUUUUCUUAAAUAUAUAUGUCGAUGAAA